CCAUGAGAUGCUAACAGCUAACCUGCUUAUCAGUUUAUUCCUUGAGGGCACUCUGAUUUUCUCUGUUUUACUCUCCAAGUCAACCAGCGGCCGAUGGCGCGUUACUUGGGUGCUUUAAAGAAUAUUACACUGUGUCGUUCGUUAGGGAGAGUGUGUCUGGCCAGCCUGUGUGUUAGCCUGCUGUCGUAGGGGGCAUGUGGUGGGCUGAUGGGGGUUCAAAGUGUUCCCCUUUAAAAGUCAAAACAGCAUGUGAUUUGAUUUCAUGCUCUUUUAUCCUUUAACUAGCCUGAUAACAGGGACGGAAAAAGGCAAUGAUGUGUUUGUGUCCGCGUCUGGAUAACAAAUCUCCAUCAUCCCCUAGCAGAGGGUCCAUUAGCUUCGGCCCCCCUCCCCGGUUGCCCAGUGAUAAAGUAAACAAUGUGUGUUUGACCAAUCCCGCGCGCAAAUAUUUGUCCUGGAAGCUGCCUCAUCCGACGCCAGUCACACACACGCCUACUGGCGUGUGCGGAGGUAUAUAUACAGGGCCGGUCCUGGAGGGCACAUCGAGCAAAUCCAUCAGUGACCCAGGCCAGACCUUUAUUCUUGGACAGACACUAAACCUGGCAGCUAGGUAAGGUAAGGAAACUCAAUAUAAGCGUUUUAUCCUUUUUUUGUUAUUCCCAAUCAAGUUCUUACUGUCCCUCUUUCUUCAUUCAUCUCACCAGGAUUAGAAGCCGACAUGGCUGCAGGUGUCAUCAGGAACUUUCUCAUCCAGGCUCCAACUCCGGCCUACUUCCCCAUGAUUUUUCAGCAUUCUCCGUGUAAGGACGGUGCCUACGAGAAGACGCUGCCAGAGAAGCCAGAGGAGAGAGAAGACGAAGAAGAGAGACAGGCAGAUGAAGACGAGGAGGACGAAGAAUCUGAGGCUCAGGAGGAAGAGGAAGAAGGUUUGGAGGAGGUUUUCUUAAACCCCGCUCACCAUGCUCUGGAUGUGACCAAGCAGCUGCUGAGGUUCGCCGACGUCAUCAGUCACGAUGUGCAGCGCUAUUUCGGUCGCUGCUCCGGUGACCGAGAGGCGUGCGACAUCUACAGCGACUCCAUCUCCAUCACCACCAGUGGGCGUCUGCGUUACUAUGACGACCUGAUGAGAAUAGCGAGAGGAAGUCCUGAGAUGCAGGAGAACAGCUUCAGGGCCUGUCCCGAAGAGCAGAGAGCCGCGGCUGCAAAAGGCAACAGCAGUGGGCUGGGGCCCCUGGCUGAACUGUUUGACCUCAGGGCCCCGAGCAAGGGCCGAGGCCAACCGAUGAUCAAACGGCACCUGCCUCUCAGUUUCUGGACCGAGCCGAUCCCCAGCUGCCCUCUGGUCACUCUGAGUAACACGCUUGACAUCGCACACAGGACCGGCGCCUCGCCUUCGCAGGACCUCACACGCACGGACGAGAACGCGCACAUGCACUAUAACGUCCCAGCGCAGCACGACAUGCACACCCUCGACAGCGCUCAGCCAGACUUCAGCGACCUGUUGGCAAACUGGGAUCCAAACCCAGAGCUCACUCACACGCUGACGGAGAACACAAACAUGCAGCACUGAUCACGCCACGCUCAGCCUGGGACUGAAAAGACUCCACUUAUGAUCCUUUUACAAAUACAGUUUUCUGCAGUUUGAAAGGGUCGGGACAAAGAACCUGCCAUCUGAGCAGAGUGAGAUUUAGUUUAAUAAAAAAAUGUACCAGGACCCACUGUGUCCUCUACUACUGUAACAUAAUCGGAUGUGAAACUGUUACGCUUUAUUUCUGUUGCAUAAUAUUUUGUAGAGCUGCUGUUGAUAUUUUAUAAAAUAGAUUCAUUAACAUGAGUGUUGACUCUUUGU